GCGGGGCUCCGGCGGCCGCUGAUGGGAGGCGGCGCCCGGGCGGGCGAGCCACGGCGCGGCUGCCACCAUGGGGAACAAGCAGACCAUCUUCACCGAAGAGCAGCUGGACAACUACCAGGCUCCACGCACGGUUCUACGAGCUGGCUCCCAACCUUGUCCCCAUGGACUACAGGAAGAACCCCAUCGUCCACGUGCCCAUGAGCCUGAUCGUCCAGAUGCCGGAGCUCCGGGAGAAUCCCUUCAAGGAAAGGAUCGUGGAGUCUUUUUCUGAGGAUGGCCAGGGCAACCUGACCUUCAAUGACUUCGUGGACAUGUUUUCGGUGCUCUGCGAGUCGGCUCCCCGCGACCUCAAGGCAAACUAUGCCUUCAAGAUCUACGACUUCAACACCGACAACUUCAUCUGCAAGGAGGACCUGGAGAUGACGCUGGCCCGGCUCACCAAGUCCGAGCUGGAAGAAGACGAGGUGGUGCUGGUGUGUGACAAGGUCAUCGAGGAGGCCGACCUGGACGGCGACGGCAAGCUGGGCUUCGCCGACUUCGAGGACAUGAUCGCCAAGGCCCCUGACUUCCUGAGCACUUUCCAUGUCCGGAUCUGAGGAGCAGAGGCUGCAGAGGCGUGGAAGCUGCCAGCCCUGCUGUCCGCAGGCGUGGCCUCCAGGCUCUCCAGAAAGGAGCUGCGGCCUCGGGGCUUUAGCCCCACAGACUCUCUGUGUGGCCCUUUCAGCAAAAAAACCUUAACCAGGGAAAGGAUGUGAGGGCUCGGACCCUUUCCAGGGCCCCUCCAGGCCCGCCCCAACCACCCCCAUACCCCACCUAGAGUGUGUGACUCAGACACUGCUCCUCAGGGCAGAGCA